AUGGACCCAAAAGUAAAUGACAAAUUUGCUAAGUGGUUGAACAUGAGAUAUGGUUUGAUCAAGGCAUGCACAAUCGUCAGAGGAAAGAUACACAGAUAUCUUGGAAUGACUUUGGAUUUCUUGGUGAAAGGAAAACUCAAGAUCUGCAUGGACGACUAUGUCAAGAACAUGUUGGAAGAUUUUCCUAUCAAGUUCAACAAGGAUUCAAAGCAGGAAACACCAGCUGGUAACAAUUUACUGGAAGCUGGUAAAGGGAAGUUACUCAGUGCUGAGUACCGUCAGAUCUUUCAUACUACUGCUGCAAGGGGACUUUAUGUCUCUAAGAGAGAUCGUUUGGAUAUCCAUCCAAAAAUUACUAUUCUUGCCUCUAGAGAUUGA